AUGGGACCUAAGCGAGUAAAAGACAAGACGCCGGCCAGAAAAGGAGUCGCAAGGAAAGUCAGCACGCGAUCGGCUGAUGAGAGCUCGCGAUCCAAUGCCACGCCAGCCGCAGAACGCCUAAAACCACUUGCACAGCAGAUCGAAGAAUCCGACAUCCCAAAGAAGUUCAAGGAAAGCCUCAAAAUGACCGCUGCAGAAAGAGACCCCAAAAUGUUCCCGAUCGUGGACAUUAUCUUACAGCAGACAUACCCCGGUUUCUCAGACAGAAAAUCAGAUUACUUGGUUGAAUGGGAAGUAGCCUGGGCAUCCGAAGACAGGGUGAAGAAGAGUGUUCUCAAAUACUGGAAGGACCUCAAGACUGAUAAAGACGAGUUUGGCCAGCCGCGUGUCGAUACGAGUAUCGAGAACGUUAUUAUCAACAAGGACUACCUUCUCCCGAUAUCAGUGGGAGGCAUCACGUUGCAAGAAGCUACGAAAACGGCGCUGCUGGAGAUAAGAGAGGUUGAGCCUGAAGGAACGUACUCUUUCAAGCUACUUCGACAGCAUUUGCGAACUAUCACCACCCUUCAGGAGCAAUAUCGCUCGAUGCUAAUGGAGCACGGCCAAUUAACAGAUCACGAAACUCCUCGUCUUGAAGAGCUUCUGAGGUGUAUCGUCACGACCUGCACGGAGAGGAGAGUAUGGAAUCCAGACCGCGUACAAGGACUCUAUACUCUCUCUUUGCCCGAUGGGGACGACAAUCUCAGAGAGACUGUAGAAUUUCUGGAUGUCGAAAAUGCGGCCCUUGAAGCUUGGAGUAUUCUUGAAGGGAAGUUUCAAGAGGAACCUGAAGGUAGUGUAGAGACCUUUCUCAAAGACUACGAAGAUCUACGAGUUACAUAUCUUCCAGACCCCACCAUGGGAACUAAACCUAAGCGCGCAGCCUUGUGUUUCAUAGACCUGGUUGACACGAUGUGGAACAAUCCGCUCCUCCGGAUAAUGGAAGCGGCACCAAAGCCGGGACAUGACAACACACUACUUGAGGUCAAGUUUGCAAAGAGCUUGAAGGUUCUUGUGCCGGACAUUGUGAAUUACGCACCGCACAUGCUGCAUGAGAACAACGAGACACUAUUGCUUGCCCGGCUUUUCUAUUCAAGAGAUGAGCUCGAGCAGCUCCUCCGAGAGAGACAUAUUCAUGUGAGAGAUGACUGGCUAUACGAAUGCGAGGGAAAGCUUCUGCUCAGCCUGCAAGAUGAACAUGACAGUCGGAGUCUAGAGGAAUUGAGGAAGACCUUUGAUGAAUUGCACGAGCACAUGCAGAGACUUCUGAAAAAGGAGUAA